CUGGAGAAAUCAGGGUGCUGUCCAAGCCCCACAUGGGCAUCUGUGAGGAGUCACCAGCCAGCAGGUGCUGAGUCAGAGAGCCUGGGCUGGCAGGAUGGAGUCUGGCAGGCUGGAAGGAGGCUGUGUGACGAUGUUGUGGUGGGAGUGACUAGGAUGGUGGCAGGAAGCCAGCUCCCAAGCGGUGAUUCUCAGAGCAGUGGUAUUUCCAGGAAGAGAGUGACUGGCCUGUGCCUCCACUCUAGUUUCCUUUAAAGGAGCUCCCUGUGGACCUCUGUUUAUGGAAGAGAAGGCUUCGACACAGAGAGGGAAAGCUCCUUGCUCUAGGCACUGAGGAGCAGAGCAGGAUGAAUGAGUUGAAAUAGACUUGGGUGUCGAGUUGGUGUCCAGGCUGGGUCUACUCAUCUGGAUACACGGUUUGAGACCCCAAGACUCGCUUGCCCCUGGGCCAGGAAGGUGGAGGUGCAGGCGCCCCCGCAGGUGCGCGGCCUCCUGGGCGACGCGGUGCACCUGCCGUGCCUCCUGCAGCCCCUGGAGCCGGGCGUGCAGGUGACGCAGCUGACGUGGAUGCGGCGGGACCCGGGUGGGGCCGCCCGCAACGUGGCAGUCUUCCACCCGCAGCGUGGCCCCAGCUUCCCCGAGCCGGGCCGCUGGGCCUUUGCGGCCGCCCGCACCAGCACCGAGCUGCGGGACGGCUCGCUGGACCUGAGCGCGCUGCGCGCCACCGACGAGGCCAACUACACCUGCGAGUUCGCCACCUUCCCCCAGGGCAGCGGCAGCGCGCGCACCUGGCUGCGGGUUCUGGCGAAGCCGGAGAACAAAGCUGAGAUCCAGCCGGUUCCUCUGGGCCCUCAGUCUCUGGGUCCUGUGCCUGUGGCCCGCUGUGUUUCCUCGGGGGGGCGGCCACCCCCCCAGAUCUCCUGGCUGUCAGCCCCUGACUGGGGGGUCAAUGAGAGCCAGGUGCCAGGACCCCUGCCUGGCACGGUCACUGUCAUCAGCCUCUUGAUGGCGAAACCAUCCAGCAAGGUCGAUGGCAGGAAUGUCACCUGUAAUGUGACACACGAGAGCCUGGAGGAACCCAGGCAGCUGUCCCUGACACUCGAGGUGCCCUACUUCCCUGAAGUUUCCAUCUCGGGCUAUGAUGAUAACUGGUACCUCGGACAGAGGGAGGCCGUGCUCAGCUGUGACGUCCGCAGCAACCCAGAGCCCACGAGUUACAACUGGAGCACGACUGAGGGGAGCCUGCCAGCCUUUGCCGAGGCCCAAGAUUCACAGCUCCUGAUCCAUCUUGAAGACAAGCCCAUCAACAUGACUUUCAUCUGCCAGGCCACCAAUGCCCUGGGGAGCAACACAGCCAAGCAGAGCAUCCUGGUCAGGGCAGCACCUCCCAAGGAAUGGUCACAGUCUGGCUUUCCCCUCUGGGCCAUUGCCCCGAUAACUGUGAUGACUGUGAGCCUCUUGAUAGUUGGUGGACUGUGUUACAAGCAUCCCGGAAAAUAUUGUCAGUGCUUCCGCAGAUCCUCUGCUAAUGUCAACAACACUAUCUAUUCAGCUGUGAAUACCACAUAAACCUCUCCCAAGGACCUGCCAUCACGAAGGCACAAAGUUGGCAGUGUGGGGACCAAAUGGAGAGAGACUGAGGCUGGUGAGGACAUGGACAGAGCCUCUGCGUGGAGACAAGUGCCCCCCGACCUGGGACCAGACCUCAGAAACACCCUCAGUGCUUCACAAUGCAGAGGGCAGGUGCAAAUCUGGGAUUCUCGUGCAACCUUCAUUCACUUCAGUCACUCACUGGAAGGACUCCAGAAAGCCGUGACGCUUUAGCUAUUGGUUUAUAAUGGUGGUUUGCCCUAUGGGCCUGGGACAAGAGAAGACGUUCAGGGUGGCAUCCAACUGGCCCUUUCCUCUCACUCAUACAGAUGACACUUCUCCCAGUAGUGGGGUGUAGACAUAUUUGUGGGAUGCACAACUGACUGCAUAGAGGCUUCUUUAUUUAUUUCUUUAUUUAUUUAUGAGAGUGAGAAGCAGAGCAGCAACCUGGCACAUGCACAGCUGAGUAUCGAACUCAGGACCUCAUGCUUGAGAGCCCAACGUUUUAUCAGCUGCACCACCUCCCGGGCUGAGAUAUCCAUGUGGCCAGUCUCAGUUUCCAGCCCUUCCAGACCCAUGCCAGCUCUCUCUUGGGGGAAAAAGUGAAGGUGUGAGAUUCACAGCAGACGUGGGGAAGAGAGGUAGGACAGAGAAGGUGAGGAAGAGACAGGCGCCCACAGGGUGGAGGAGGAGAGGAGGCUGAUGGGAUUGGGAGUGGGGGGGACUGGUGCUUUGUGACCCUUUAUCCCCCCCCAAAAUAAAGUACCCCAUUAAAGCUUAUUUAUUUAUUA